CCAUAAGCGGUUUAUUUUGACCGUUCACAUCGUGAACGGUCGCCGUAGUCGCCGGUCGUCGUGUUGGGUUACACGACGUUGCAUAUUAGUGAUAUAUCAGUGAUUCUACGAUCUACCGACUGACAUUCCUCUUAUUUGAUAAAAGCUACAAUGCUGCUAGUAAAUCGUAUAAUUCUAUUAAAUUCAUUAUUCGCGUACACUGCUUUCGGUAAUCUCGAGGAAGAGCAUGGGGUUAAAUACGCCAAUAAAUGCGAAGUGUGUAAAGUUUUAGCUACAGAACUUGAGGCUAGGCUAGAUGAAACAGGAAAGACACGUGACGUGUUGGAAUUUGGAUAUUCAGUGGACGAUGUUGCACCAAAAAAGAAAAAGGAAUACAAGAAGUCAGAGCUACGGUUAUUAGAAUCCAUGGAAGAUGUUUGUGAACGUAUAUUGGAAUACAAUAUACACAAAGAACGUACGGACAGUACAAGAUUUGCAAAAGGAAUGAGUCAAACAUUUAAGACAUUGCAUGGUCUUGUGGAUAGAGGAGUUAAAGUGGAUUUGGGUAUUCCCUAUGAGUUGUGGGACAAGCCUUCCGUAGAGAUAACUACUUUGAAAUCACAGUGCGAAGAUUUACUGGAAAAUCAUGAGGUUGACAUUGAAAACUGGUAUCAUAAUCAUCAAGGACAGAUUUCUUUAAUUAGAUAUUUGUGUUCUGAGCGUGCGUUAAAAGGACAAAAUGAUUCUUGCCUACACGAGAAGACCGAUACGACGAAAGAAGUUAAGAAACAAAAGAAAAAGAAAAAGGAAGGUACAAAUAGUAAAGAAAAUAUAAAAGACAAAGAUUCACAGAAUGUGAAGCAAGAAUUGUAAAACUGAGAAUAAACGAACAAAUUCGUUUAGAUACCUUUUAUUAAUAAUUUAAAUAGAAUACAAUCCUAUAUCCAGUAGAAAUGCAAUCUAACAGACUUCCAAUCCUGUAUAUAAAAGUAAUCUGUAAAUAUUAGCAUUGUUUAAAUAUACUUGGAUAUAUGUGCCAUAUUUAUUGUAUUGUUGCAAAAAUUUUACAAUAAACUUCUUUUAUAUAUUUUA